AUGUGGCUGUGCAGUAUUUUAUUAGUUUUGCAAACAUACAUUUUUGUUCUGGUUGCAUGUGAAGGAAACAAAAAUUCUGAAGCUCAAGAGAAUCCUUACAAAGACUGUGACUUUCAGCAGUCCAUACAGUCAGUUGUUACCUCAUAUUACAUCCAAUCUCCGAAUUAUCCUGACAAAUACCAGCCCAAUACUAACUGUCGUUGGUAUCUCAAAACGGUGAAGAAUCACAAAGUUGUUGUCCAUUGCAAUCAAGUGGAAAUGUAUGAGAGUGUAAACUGUACUGAUGAUAGUAUCACAAUUUCCACUUCUGCAGAUGAGCACCUAUCAGAUGCGGAAAAGUUUUGUGCUCCCCUUAAUUUUGCUGCAGUAUCGGAUAAAAAUGAAAUGAUUGUCGUGUUCACCUCUGCGAACACGAGUAAGGGAGGGCUUUUUUCUUGCAGUGCGGGUGCGGAACACGUUCCGAAUGACUCAAAAAUACAUUCAUCUCAGAAGAAAUUUCUGUACCAACGUGACGUUUCUGCCGUCAGCCAAGAUUUAAACGAUCUCGAGCAGCCUCCACUGCCAAGUAAUUCGGAGCAAAGUUCGUUGCCGGACAAUAGGAGGUAUAAAAAAGCUGCACAUGCAUCUGCAGUCACGACUAAGAUCACCGGAGGCGCUCACCACAACAGUGAUAAAUGGAACACCAAAGAAAAUCAAACUGUGACGGAAUGUGAUUGCGGAUGGACAUCCAACUCGCGGAUAGUGAGCGGGGAGUCGACGGGGCGGCACGAGUUCCCGAGCGUGGCAGCGCUGGUGAUCACCGAGACGGGACGGGUGUACUGCGGCGGCGCCGUUAUCACCAACCGACACAUCCUCACAGCUGCCCACUGCAUCGCCGAACAGCCACCUGGCAGCCCGGCCGCCCUCGCCAACGGACACGAAAUUUGGAAAGGAAAAUAUAGCAAUGGUUCCCGGUUAUUUGAAUUCCAACAAACGUACACACACCCUAAUUACAAUAAGAAAUUGGUCACAAAUGACCUGGCCAUCAUCGAGGUGAAAGGAUACUUCAGCUUCGGAGAAAGCGUGGCACCGGCUUGUCUGCCCCUCAAAUAUCAAGGCAUGACUUUCAUCGGGGACUCUGUUCUCGCGGCAGGAUGGGGUACGUUGUCCUACGGAGGGAGACAGCCUUCGUUCCUGCAAAAAGCCACCCUUCAAGUCAUCCCGACGGCAAAUUGUUCUGAGGUUUACGGCCGACAAAGAAUUAGAGAUACUCAAAUUUGCGCAAUUGGUGUGAAUGAGUCCGAUACUUGUCAGGGAGAUUCAGGAGGUCCUCUUCUGUGGUCUGACGUACGCAAAAAUCGAUUCAUUUUAGCCGGCAUCAUUAGUUACGGAAUCGGCUGCGCUUCCGGUAAACCAUCGGUUAACUCAAGGAUCAGCGUGCCCGCCUACCUUAGAUGGAUUAGAAAAAUCACCAAAGGGUACCGGUUUUGCGUGAUGUGAGGUCCAUGCUCAACGGUUGUCUCGUUAGAUCUCAUCUACAACACGUUUGUUGAGAGUAGAACCAAAGGACUCCUCCUGAUUGACUUUUUGACCGUGGAUGUCGCUCGGAAUCAGCUGGAAAAUUCUUGUCGAUCAUCUCAUCAAUGGAAUGCAAAUAAACUCACGUUUGCUUAAUUCCUUUCCA